GUUUGGUGUUUUCUCGUCUUCAAAAAAGAAUCAUCUGAUCGAUUACAAAUUACCCCGUUGUCGGCAGGAUUGGGAAUCUCUUGUAGUUGGUGGCCGAUGAGGCGAAGCGGGUCGGGGAUACAUCCCGGUGCGAGCCUUCACUCGAUGUUGGCGAGUCGUGCAAACUGAUGAAUCGGAGAACUCCACUCGAAUAAUGGACAGCAACGAUCCGUGGAAAGAUAUUCAAGAGCUCAAAUCUCGGCAGAGUAGUUUCCGAGAGAGACUCCUAAAACGGAAGAAGGAGCGGGAGGAAAUCGUUUACGGUGAGUCCGAUCCGUCAUAUCGCUCAACAGGCAUCAGCUGCAACGAUAAAACAAGCGCGAAAGAUGAGAAAAGGCUGCUCGCAUCCCCGAAAGACGAUUCGGAGGAUUCGGCGGACUGUGCCGACCUGGAACCAGCUACUGAAUCAGAAAUAGAAAUGAAAAUCAUUUUGUGCCUACUCGACGUGGCUUUGGAUCUGCCCGUUGACUCGAGAACGCUUGUGAAACAUGUAUCCAAAAGUCUUGACGAUACAAAACACGUAUCGCAACAGACCGUCGACGAUUUUCUCAAAAAGUUCGCCGCACAGGCUUUCAUUUCCAUCAAAGAAAAUAAGGACUCUGAGGGCAAGGGGACGAUUAGCAUAACCACAGCAGAGCACACGAAACUCCACGCCUUCAGCUUAACCCUGAGAGACCGCGCUGAACCUUUCGACACGUGUGCCCCGCCGAAAUUAGCGAAAUUGGCGGAGGACGAAGCCCCGCACGAUCAAGAUGUUCACGGAGACCAAAACGAUAAUCAGGUCGUCGCGAAGGCUCCAGUCAAGCCGAAGGAUUCUGCAUCUCCUAAGAAGACCGAUGAUCUCAUCGAAAACCUUCUCAAUCUACCGUCGAUCAGGGAGAAGGAAAACAAGAAAGUUGGGGAAGAAAUCCUCGACCUACUCAGUAAACCAACCGCUAAAGAGAGGUCGUUGGUGGAGAAGUUCAAAUCUCAAGGGGGAGCUUCGGUUCAGGAGUAUUGUCCGCACGGGACUGCCGCCGAAUGCAAACGUCACGGCGAAACGGACGCCUGCGGGAGACUUCACUUCAAGAAAAUUCUGCAGCGGCACACAGAUGAGUCGCUCGGGGACUGCUCUUUCCUGAAUACCUGUUUCCAUAUGGAUACCUGUAAAUAUGUUCACUAUCAGGUCGAGAUGAGCGAGUCGGCGACCUCAUCGCUCGGGGUUGUGGCCCAGUCCUCUGAGCCGGCCGCAGAGCUGGAGAACCCCGUGGCGAUACUGCAGCCUGCCCAGUGGAUUCAAUGCGACUUGAGAUUCUUCGACAUGAGCAUUCUCGGGAAGUUCAGCGUCAUCAUGGCUGACCCUCCAUGGGAUAUCCACAUGGAGCUGCCGUACGGAACCAUGUCGGACGACGAAAUGCGUCAACUGAAUAUCCCCUGCCUGCAAGACGAAGGUUUAAUAUUCCUAUGGGUGACCGGACGGGCCAUGGAACUCGGGCGGGAAUGUCUGAAGCUGUGGGGCUACGAAAGAUGCGACGAGAUCAUCUGGGUGAAAACCAAUCAGCUCCAACGCAUCAUCCGAACUGGCCGUACGGGACAUUGGCUCAACCACGGUAAGGAACACUGCCUCGUGGGGAUGAAAGGCUCCUUGCCGCAUAUAAAUCGUUGGCUUGACUGCGACGUCAUCGUGGCGGAAGUCAGAGCGACUUCCCACAAACCGGACGAGAUUUACGGGAUGAUCGAGCGCUUGAGUCCGGGAACGCAAAAAAUCGAGCUUUUCGGGCGACCGCAUAACAUCCAGCCCAAUUGGAUGACUCUUGGAAAUCAACUCGACGGUGUCCGAUUGAAUGACCAAGAUAUCAUCGAGAACUUCCGCAGACGAUAUCCUGAUGGUAAUUGUAUGCAGAAGCCUUAACAUACACGAGAGAUGUGAUUAAGCUUGUAAAUAUUUUCUCUUCCUGGCCAUUUGUUCUGUUGAUCUUGUUCAUCUGAAGUCCGUUGAAUUUGAAAAUGACCGGUGAAUCUGGGGACCGCGUACGACAAUAAACAAACGUGUAACCGUUCAA